AGCAGUCGGCAGUGACACAGGAGUACGUUCUGCUUGCGUAGAUUGAUACACAACAGAAGACAGCAAGUACUUAAACCAAACGCUGGCGGGGAUUGCUCCCACUUCGGAAUAUAACCCAUACUUGGCACUUAUCAGCGUGAUAUAUUUAUACGCAAAUUCUCAUCGAAUUGCUUUGCUUUGUCACUAACACGGCAGUCACCAUGCCGCUUAAUCCAAGUGUGGCGAGUAAAAACUAUGAUUACGACUACGAUUCCAUCCAGCCGUACUUUUACUUUGACAAUGAAGAUGAGGAUUUCUACCGUCAACAGCGUAGCCAGCUUCAGCCACCGGCUCCCAGCGAGGAUAUCUGGAAGAAAUUUGAGCUGCUGCCCACUCCUCCUCUUUCACCGAGCCGGCGACCCUCUCCCUCCAGCAAUUUCCCCUCAACUGCAGACCGAUUAGAGAUGGUCACCGAACUUCUCGGGGACGACGUGGUCAACCAGAGUUUCAUUUGCGAUGCGGACUACUCCCAGUCCUUUCUGAAGUCUAUUAUUAUCCAAGACUGUAUGUGGAGCGGCUUUUCUGCUGCCGCCAAGCUUGAGAAAGUGGUCUCUGAGAGACUCGCUUCACUUCAGGCUGCUAGGAAAGAGUCUUCAGAAAAGAGUGACACCACGGGUGUCGGCAGUCGGUUGAAUGUCACUUACUUGCAAGACCUAAACACCUCUGUAUCGGACUGUAUAGACCCCUCAGUGGUUUUCCCUCACCCCCUAACCGAAACCCCAAAACCCAGCAACAUCACGUUUUCUCCAUCUUUGGCACUGGACACCCCACCAAACAGUGGCAGCAGCAGCAGCAGCAGCAGCGGGAGUGAUUCAGAAGAGGAAGAAGAUGUAGAAAUUGAUGUUGUGACAGUGGAGAAGAGGCAGGCAGUGAGGAGGUCUGACAUGUCAGGAGUUCACAGCAGACCUCAUCACAGUCCCCUGGUUUUGAAGAGGUGCCACGUGCCCAUUCACCAACACAACUACGCCGCCCACCCCUACAGGAGGAAUGAACAGCCUGCCGUCAAGAGGGUGAAGCUGGAGAGCAGCAGCAGGGUGCUCAAGCAGAUCAGCAACAACCGAAAAUGCACAAGUCCAGGGACAUCCGAUACUGAGGACAGUGACAAAAGGAGGACUCAUAAUGUGCUGGAACGCCAGAGGAGGAACGAACUCAAGUUGAGCUUCUUUGCGUUGCGGGAUGAGAUACCGGAGGUGGCGAACAAUGAGAAAGCUCCUAAAGUUGUAAUACUCAAGAAGGCCACCGAGUGCAUCUUAAGCAUGCAGACAGAUGAACAGAGACUCAUUUCACUGAAAGAAAAACUGAGGAGAAAGGGGGAACAUUUGAAACAAAGGCUUGAACAGCUGAGAAACUCUCAUGUAUAACUUUUACAUGACAGAAGGACUUUUUUUUUUUUUU